AAUGGUGCUGAACGAUUCGUUUUCGGCACUUUUCUCGUCUCCCGCUUCACUCAAAAAGGCGAAUGACAGUUUCAAUGAAUCCUUCGGUGAUAAGAAUACUCUCUCUCCAUCCACAAUUUUCCGAAGUCUUCAAAAAGAGCAUGAUCAGAUUUCAUCAGUUUUGCGAUCGCAUCCACCAACAACGGCUCAAUAUCAAAAUUCACUGAACGAAUUGGUUUCUCUCUACGAACGGGCCGAAGAUCAGUCAACAUUCGGAUUACAGAAGCUCGUUCUCUCAGUUUUUCUGAAACUCGCCGCAAACAUUCUCAGUGUGCUCGGAAAGCCAAAUCACCAACCGACACUCUACAAGUUAUCCCAACUUCUCGCUUCAUCGAUUGUUCCCGAUUUGAGUCCUGAACAUGAAAUCGAGGAGAUACAUAUGCAGCAGUGGGCUGAUCGAGUUGUUAUUGAGUGCUCAAUUCAUCUUGCCAAGUUUACAAACUACAGAAUCGACCUUGCUUUUAACAUUGACAGUAUCGUUGAUGAUUUGGUGUUAGCUAGCGGUCGAUUUCAGUUCGUAAAAUCUUCGAUUUUCGAAGCUGCCCGUGAUAUUGUAUCAAGUGAACAAAUGGACCUCAACGCGAUAAUCACUCCAGAAUCGAAAUUCAGUUUAUCAAAUCUUGGCGAUGAGCAGACGCUGAGGCUUCUUCUGUGGCUUUAUUUAUUUCAGAAAUCAAUGUUGAAAAGUGAAUUUCUUUCAUCGCUUUUCUCAAAUCUUCCAUCAACUUUGAAUGCACAGGAGUAUAUGAAAAGUGCAGAAUGCUCAAUGUUGGAUGUCAAACUUUACAUCGUAACAUUAUCUACAGUUGCCUCAACUACAACAGAAUCUGGAAUGACAAUGAAAUCAGCUCCAGUUGUUGCUUCACAAUUAUCUCUCACGAAGCGUCAGAAAGAUUGUUGGAAAGCAAUUGUUGAUGCUUGUGCUGGGCAUUCCAGAAAAACCGUCGCUGCUCUUUCACGCCUUCGCACUUCACAACUCGUCGAGGCGGUUCGUUUAAUUUCAGACUCAUCGGAAGAUGUUCAAGUAUUGUUCGAAGCGUGGAAGCACUGUCUUCAACCAUCAGCUGCUCACGAUGAUAAUGUUCAUGAGGCAAUUCAAGUUGUCACUGAAAAAUAUAGAACCAAAAUCAAUAGUCUUCUUUGUUAUGGCCCGUUCUACUCAACAGCUCCAGUAUCUUCCAUGAAGCAAAGUACAGUAACCCGUCGAGAUAUGAAAGCUCUCUUUCCAUUGCCAUUUGACUAUGAAUACAUUAAUACAACUGAAUCCGAACAUAUAGGAACUAUCAUCAAUAGUCUUGAAGGAUAUUCAAAUGUGGAAGCAUCAGAAGAAGCAGAAGAAGACGAUGAAGAUAUUUUGUGUGCAUCAAAUGAUUUUUCAUUUCGUGAUGAAGACAUAUUCCAUAGCUUUGAUACUGCUCCUGAUAACUUAUCAUCUGCUGACAAUUCAAUGUUUUUUUCUCCACUAAAACAUAAUCGUGAUUCAAUGCUUCCUUCAGCAGUUUCACAGUUGAUUCGUGAUGAAUCGAUUCUAAAUUCAUCUCAUAUUUCAACAAAAUCUGUGAUUUUGACUCCAACACGUGCAUCUUAUAUUCCUGGAACUGUUCAAACUUCAGAACUCUCUUUUGAACGUCAUCAAAAUGUCGCCAUAAGUACUCCAUCGAAAAAGGAAUCAUUCGACUCUUCUGAUGAAGAUGAAGAAGAUGAUGAAAUGGAAGCAGCACUUUUAAAAUCUGCACAACGUCAUGAGAAGAGCAUUUUGGCUCAAAAAACCCCUGAAAAACUGGCUCCAAAAGUUGCAACUCCAAUGAAAGACGCUCAAACUGAGACCGAUGAUGCGGUUUUAUCAUCUGGAGAAAGCAGUGUUGUUACUGUAAAAUACACUCCGAAAAUGGAUGUUCAGAAGAAAAAAGUAGAAAUUCCCGUGAUAUCAUCGGAAUCAGAAGAAGAAGAAUAUGAAGAGGAAGAUGAAUAUGAGGAAUAUGAAGACGAUGAAGAUGAGGAUGAAUAUUAUGAGGAAGAAGAGGAAAAUGAAGUGGAAGAUGAUGAUUUCUUGACUGAAACACAACUGGAAGAACUCAUGGAACAAAUUAUUUUGCAGACUUCUGUCAUGUUCAGAGAUCAGCGUAUGAAGAAGUUUGGGCUUGAAAAGGAAAUGAUAAAAUUCGACGGUGCAACUGACGAGGAAAUCCUUCUCCAAGCUGAGCAAAAACUGGCAAAAAUUACUGAAACUCUGAAGACCACUUCGAAUAAACUUCAGAACUUUUGUACUCCGAGUAGUUCAAGUGUGAAAACUCAUCAGCCUCUUCAAGCUAUGCCAUCGGCUGUUUCUAAACUAGAGAAAUCAGUGGACCAUGAUUCGAAAAAGUGCCUUGGCUGUCAGAGUGAUGAAGUACAAGAAGCUGCUCUUCGUCGCCUCGAGCAAAUGGCCAAUGAUUGGGAUGCUGAAGGAAAUGAUUAUUUGUACAAGUGAAAUCUCUCUUCUUGAUCUAUUAUAUUUAAAUACCUCCCCGUUUAUUCUUAUCUAGUUUAUUUCGAAUAUUUAUUUAUUUAUUCGGUUUUUAUUAUUCCUAUGCCCUGUUCUUUUCUUGUUUGAAUUAUCUCCACUAAAUAUUUACCAUUCAUCAGGCGUUUCUUACUAUAAAUUCGACAAAGAUGUG